AUGGUCCCAGGCUGGAGCAAAACCACCAAGGAGCUGGCAGCUUUUGUCUGCUGGGGCACAGUACUCCUCAGCCCAGAUGUCCCAGCAUCUGGCCAGCUGACCAUGCACCUGAUGCGCUCAGCUCCCGAGGGGCUCCGUAGAGCCUGGACCAGGCGGGCCUCAGCAGGAAGUUUUAAAGGGCAGCCUGUGAACAUGGGAGGUGAUCUGCAGGAGCCAGAGGCACCAGAAGUGAUGUCUGAGCUCCUCUGGACGGGGCUAGAACUAGAUGUCACUGGGCAGCUGCACAUUCAGGAUGAGAAGCUGGCGUCUACCUGUCCAGGCCACCGUCUCAGGCUCCUCCUGCAGCACCACAUGCUCAGCAACGUGGAUGGUGCUGAGCAGCAGAUGCAGCAGCUUCAGCAGUUGUGAAAGGGGCCUCCUGUAAGUCCUUGGGAGUUCAAACAGCUGCUCCCCACAGUCCUGUCCCGCGUCUAUCAGCUCCACAACGCUGGCGAGGAACGGGGGCGCUGGGCCCAGGUCUUUGCUCAUCUGGCACAGGAAACACUCUGGUACCUGUGCAAGGGUUUCUGCCCCCAGAACCAACCACAUGCUCUGGAGCCCUGGGCCUUGAUGCUUGACCCUUCUGACUGA